AAUUAAGCAGACAAUCGACUUCUGUAAGCUGCUGGUAUUAUCUGAAGGAAGAAACUUUGUUAACAUGGCAUCAACCAGAGUCUUGGUAAAAACUGCAAUCAUUUUAUAUGCAGUCUGUUUCAUCACAAAUUCUGGUGGAAAAGCUGUGAUGAAGAGGUCUGUAAGUGAAAUGCAAAUUAUGCAUGAUUUGGGGGAACAUCUGCAUUCUGUGAACAGACAAAACUGGCUCCUUGAGAAACUGCAGACUGUGCACCAUGACCCCCAGGCUGCUGAAGAAACAGCCGUGGAUGCCAAGCCCCGUGAAGUAAGAAGUUGGCGGCUCCUCCCUGGUCAUCUUCAGGCAAAGAUACAGAAGAAACCCAAGGAUUGGAACAAAGGGUUUAAAGACACCACUUUCAAAACAAAACCUCAGUAAAAGAGUCAUAGUGUUGGCUUUCCAAAUUACAGUAGUGCAUAGAGUAGUGAGCAUUUAGGGCAUUUUAUUAUUUAUUAUUUAUAAAACAAUGGCAU